ACCUGAUCGGGACUUGAUGCGCCUCUCUGUCGGGAGAUCCCUCCUCUGGUUGAGAACGGUGCAGACUCGGGUCAGACUCUACCGGACGAUCACCCGAACCGAUCAGGACCGAGACUCCCUGCGGCACCUCUCACCAUGUCUGUAGCGGGGCUGAAGAAACAGUUCCACAAAGCCACUCAGAAAGUGAGUGAGAAAGUUGGAGGCGCAGAAGGAACGAAGCUCGAUGAAGACUUCACUGAAAUGGAAAAGAAAGUGGACACCACUGAUCGGGCAGUGCUGGACAUCAUGACAAAGACGACGGAGUAUCUUCAGCCUAAUCCAGCUACCAGAGCUAAGAUGAGCAUGAUGAACUCUGUGUCACGUAUUCGUGGCCAGGAAAAAGGACCCGGAUACACACAGACCGAGACCAUCCUAGGAGAGACGAUGCAGAGAUUUGGCAGGGAGCUCGGAGAGGAGUCAAACUUUGGCCUUGCUCUGCUUGAUGCCGGAGAGGCCAUGCGUGAGCUGGGGGAGGUUAAGGAUGCUCUGGACAUGGAGGUUAAGCAGAACUUCAUCGAUCCUUUGCAGAACCUGCAUGAAAAAGAUCUCAAGGAGAUUCAGCAUCACCUGAAGAAAAUGGAAGGUCGCCGCCUGGAUUUUGAUUAUAAAAAGAAAAGGCAGGGAAAAGUGACAGAUGACGAGAUCAAACAAGCCCUGGAGAAAUUUGAUGACUCCAAAGACAUUGCUGAGCAGAGCAUGUUCAAUCUACUGGAGAGCGACAUUGAACAGGUGAGUCAGCUUGCUUCUCUGGUCCAAGCCCAAGUGGAGUACCACAGCCGAGCUGCUGAGAUCCUCACACAGCUGUCCAGUAAAAUCGAUGAACGGAUAAGAGAAGCUUCCAGCAAACCAAGGAAAGAGUAUGUUCCUAAACCACGCACAUCUCUGGAUUUCUCCAUCAGUGAGAACUACAAUGGAGGCAUCCACGGUGCGCGGUCCCCAGGGGCAAAGUCUCCAGCAAGAUCUCCAGCCAGGUCUCCAGCCCCCGUGGACCAGCCGAGCUGUCGCGCUCUCUACGACUUUGACCCUGAGAAUGAGGGCGAGCUAGGCUUCAAGGAGGGCGAUAUCAUCACCCUGACCAAUAAGAUCGAUGAAAACUGGUACGAGGGUAUGUUACACGGUAACUCCGGCUUCUUCCCCAUCAACUACGUGGACAUCCUGGUGCCACUGCCUCAUUAGGACUUCACACUGUCCAGAAGGAUGACCAGCUGCUUCCUGACCUCCACAAACCCCCAUAUUCCCAGAUACCUUUUCCUACCAACAAACCACUUCUUCUCCACUUCAAAGAAGUAAACAGCAAACCACACAGUAAUGAAGACGUAGGGAUGAGGUUGAUGAAGAAAGCAAGUAUACACCAAUUAAUGUGAAAAUAAACUUUCAUCUUAUAUAAGGGAAAAUCAGCGUUGAUGCUGCUGCUUUCCUCCCAUCAGGAGGUACCUUCAGGCUUCCAUAGUCAUUAAAUCUAUUUAUGUCCUGGCUUUAUCUGGGCUUAAGUUGUCUGUUAGCCUGCUGAACCGCUUUGCAAAGUCACACUUACAUUCAUUGUUCUUUCUGGAAAAGUCUACAUAGAAUUUCACACACUAAAAAAAUUUUUGUGUCAGUGUUUUAUCUUAUUGAGCUCAGUUGCAUUUAUUUGUCGUCUUUUUAAAGGUAGCCAACAUUGUUAAGUUGUGUUCACAUUAUUGGGGCAAAACAUAUUUUGGAUAUUGUGUAAGUGGUGUGUUGCGACAGUGUUUCAAGGAGGAAAAUGAUGCACACCACUGGAGGCGCACCAUGUCACAAAUUCAAAUUUGUUGAUUGUGCUGAACAGCCAGUGAGCUACUGUGCUAACGAAGGGAAGGCGCUAAUGCUAAUAGUUGUUAAAAGAAGCCAACAUGGCCCAAACUCUGAGGCUCACUGGUCCUCACCACUAGCUAUAAGAAUUAAACCAUUUCAGGGUUGAAUACAGAGUAGUUUUUAAAGUUACAGACUGAAAUUCUGCUGGCUCACUAUCUCAUUUACUCACUGACUCCAUUAAUUCUAUGCAUGUCCUGCUAACUGCAGGGAAUAUGUGUAUGUAAUUUCCAGAAUUGUACAACAAACUAGUUUAUUGUCAGAACAGAAGUUUAAAAAAAAAACUGCAUGGGGGAAAUGGCAGCUUUUAAAAGCAGCUGUCCAGAUUGUGAUUAAAAAGUCUGAAAUAAGGGCAGCUAUUGAAUUCAAGCUAAUGACAUAGCUAAUGCUAGCAACAUUUAGUAAUAAAGUAGUAAAUGUAACUGCACCACCAACAAUUCUGGAGCGGUAAUGAUCCGCACGGAGCAGUACAGCACACAGAGAACAAGGUAAGGCCCAGCAAUACCAAUUGUGAACACAGCUUUACUUUCAAAUAUCCUGUGUAAACUAUGGCCUUCACAUUUGUUCUCCGGCGUUUUGACAAAGAAUUUAGCCUCUUUGCGCUUGCAGCUGUAUAUCCCACUGGAGGGGUUUUCUUGUAGGAUUCGUCUAAUUGAGGACUUAACAAUCAAGAUUACACUAAGCACACAUUAAAAAUGUAUGCAUAUACAGUAUGAUUUACAGUAGAUACCAAAGUUACAAGCAGGAACCCGAAUCAAGAUGAUGCGCAAAUCUGUCUGAUGCAAUGGCUUGGAUUUUGCAGUCACUUGUUAUUCAUUUUUAUCAGGAGAUAGAAAUUAGGUCACACUCUGUACGAAAACAAUAUUUUGGAGGUAGUGUUUAGUGAAGUGUAACAUAAUUUGCAAAAAGACAAAUUGUGAAACUUGAAGUGAAGACUAAUAUGGUGCACUUGCUCAGUAUGAUGUAAGUUUCAAUUCUUCAACAUGUAUUUUCAACAACUUGUAUAAAAAAUGUUUGAUGUAUUGUGAUAUUAAAAAGCUGUAGGAA